CUGCUGCGUCUCUAGCCUCGCCGGGGCUGGACCGUUUCGUUGCUUAGGAUUUCAAUUUCCAGCUGUUGGAACGUGCAGUCUUAGAUUUUCUUACUAGCCUGGGUUCUACAAGGAUAAUGACCUGGGAAAAAAAAUCAAGGAGGGAUGUAGAAUUUUUCAUGAUAUAAGGCAGCAGAUAUUAUAACCUGCAAGCCUAGAGGUUGAUAAACCUGACUAAUUUUGCGCGCUGUCGGUUAAGGAGCUUAAGCCCCAAGAACAAUAGGAGUUCAACAUUAUUGGUUAAUAUUAGCUUGGGCGUUUUGUUUUCCACCAUAGCAGACGCAGACAAAGCAGGGGUGGGCAUUUCAUUUGCACAAUGAAUUGUAGGCAGUAUUAAGAUGGCUCCGGUCUCACUGCUGAGUUGAAUCUGGAAUAUCUUUUCGCUUUUUUGGGGAGGAAAUUUUUAGAGUUUUUAGGGGGAAAAAUAUAUUGACUUAACGUGUAAUUUUUAAAAUCCAAGAUAUUUUUUGAGCAAGGUUUUCCUUGCCCCAGUGGAUUGUGUAGAAUACACUGCCAGUCUCUUGUCUUCUGUUCACCAUGGCUUCUUCUGAUAUCCAGGUGAAAGAACUGGAGAAGCGUGCCUCAGGCCAGGCUUUUGAGCUGAUUCUCAGCCCUCGAUCAAAAGAAUCCGUCCCAGAAUUCCCCCUUUCCCCUCCAAAGAAGAAGGAUCUUUCCCUGGAGGAAAUUCAGAAGAAAUUAGAAGCUGCAGAAGAAAGACGCAAGUCCCAUGAAGCUGAGGUUUUGAAGCAGCUGGCUGAGAAGCGGGAGCACGAGAAAGAGGUGCUUCAGAAAGCGAUAGAGGAGAACAACAACUUCAGUAAGAUGGCGGAAGAAAAGCUGACCCACAAAAUGGAGGCCAACAAAGAGAACCGAGAGGCCCAGAUGGCUGCCAAACUGGAGCGCUUGCGGGAGAAGGACAAGCACAUUGAGGAAGUGCGAAAGAACAAAGAAUCCAAAGAUCCUGCUGAUGAAACUGAAGCCGACUAAAUUUGUUCUGAGAACUGACUUUCUCCCCUUCCCCUUCCCAAAUAUCCAAAGACUGUACUGGCCAGUGUCAUUUUAUUUUUGCCCUCCUGACAAAUCUUCUAGAAGCUGAUGUAGGACUGUAUAGGUAGAUCCAGACUGUAUGAUGUUGUUUUCGGGGCUAAAGGGGAGAAAUUGAAAAGUGUUGUACUCUUUUUCUAAAGUGUUGAAGUCUUUCUAACGUAGCUACUUUUUCUUGUUGCAUCUUUUCUACUUCAUGCACCCGGGGUGCUGGGUUAAUGGCUAGUACUGUAUUGGCUCUGUGAAAACAUGUUUGUGAAAAGAGUAUGUAGUGGCUUCUUCCAAACUGUUAGAUGCUGAAUAUCUGUUCACUUUUAAAUCCCAAUUCUGUCCCGAUCUUACCAGAUGCUACUGUACUUGAAUGGUUAAUAAAACUGCACAGUGCUAUUGGUGGCA